AUGAAGGUCACUUUCAGAGAUUUGAAGCAGCAAAAGUUCACCCUCGAGGUCGAACCCACCGACCAGAUCUCCGCCGUCAAGGAGAAGAUCUCGGUCGAAAAGGGCUGGGAACCCAAGCACCAGAAGCUCAUCUACUCGGGCAAAAUCCUAAAGGACGAUGAAACGGUCGCAUCCUACAACAUCGAGGAGAAAGGCUUUGUUGUAUGCAUGGUGAACAAGCCCAAGGAAAAGCCGACUGCUCCAACCCCUGUCGCCGAGUCGUCCGCCGCUCCUCCAGCUACACCAGCUCCACCCGUCGCCAACACGCCCGCCCCCGCCCCUGCCCAGUCCUCCUCGACCCAUGCUGCUGCGCCAGCUACGCCGACUCCCCAACGCUCUGCCGAUGCUCCUGCUGGCGGCAGCGAUGCCCCGGGCCUGGCCAUGGGUGCCCAGCGCGCCGAGGCCAUUGCCAGCAUGGAAGCAAUGGGCUUUGAGAGGAGUCAGAUCGACCCGGCCAUGCGCGCUGCCUUCAACAACCCCGACCGUGCCGUCGAAUAUCUGCUGAACGGGAUCCCGGACAACGUCCAGCAGGAGCAGCAGCAGCGCCAUGCCCCUGCGGCCGCUGGUUCCGGCGCGCCCACGCAACCUCCUGCCCAGGCGCAAAGUGGCGAAGACGAUGGCGGGAUCAACCUCUUCGACCUCGCCGCUCAACAGGGAGGAGGCGGCUCUGCUACUCGGGGUGGCGGCAACGCAACGGCGGCGGCGGCGGCGGCAGCAGCAGCAGCCGCUGCCCAGAGCGGCGACAUGGGGAACCUGGACUUUCUCAGAGACAAUGCCCAGUUCCAACAGCUUCGCCAAGUGGUCCAGCAGCAACCUCAGAUGCUGGAGCCCAUUCUCCAACAGCUCGGCUCCGGGAACCCCCAGCUGGCCCAGCUCAUUGCCUCCAACCCCGACCAGUUCCUGCAGCUCCUCGGAGAGAGCGCAGAUGACGAUGUGCCCCUGCCUCCUGGCGCACAGGCGAUUUCUGUUACCGAGGAUGAGCGUGAUGCCAUUGAGCGACUAUGUCGGCUCGGCUUCGACCGUGAUCAGGCUAUCCAAGCCUACUUUGCCUGCGACAAGAACGAAGAACUUGCCGCCAACUUCCUCUUCGAUCAGCCCGAGGACGACGAGCCCCCGACAAACUGA